UAGCCUCCUGAAGAAAAACACAUUUUUUUAAACCUCUUCUUCUUCUUCUUGACAGAAAUAAGUGGUGAAGGGUUACGAUCUCUCACGUCGUUAUGGUGUGCCACAAGGCUCAGCUUUAGGACCCACUCUUUUUUUAUAUUCUAUGUACAACAAUGUGGUUAAAAAUAUUUCUGAUGCGUCUUUACGUCUUUAUGCUGAUGAGACGAUAUCGUUUGUUGUUGUGCAAACACUCGUUUCCAUUUACAGUCACAGUUUAACCGAGCUACGGCCGUAGUCCGACUAAGACGGGCGGUUGGACAACUUGCAGAGUCCGAGUAUAGUACGUGUGACUGAACGAAGGUGGGGAAACUUUUACAAACCAUAAUAUUACCGAAGUAAAAGUAUAAGUGUAUGGCAUUUAAUGUACUAUGUUACGUCUACUAUUGAACUUAGUUUCCUUCCUCAGAACUGUCACCUGAUGUCAGGUGGUGGUGUUGGUCAACUUUGUUUCCGACCGUUUAAAGUGAAUUUAUUUGUUUGAACCAAAGACAAAUUUUCAUCUUGGAAGACAAUUAAAGUUUCUGUUUCACUCACCUGAGGCUGACUCUGAACCUCGUCUACCACAUCAGCCCUUAAAAUCACACAUAGCUGCAUUAAUUCUCCGACUAUAAUACGCGUCUCUGCUGAGUUGGUUUCUAAAGUUUAAAUAGAUUUUUCGCUCUUUGGUUUCAGUGUAAAUUGAAGCUUCUUUUUUCUGUCCCUGACGUGUUUGGAGUGGGAGAAAAAAAAGCAGGUGAAUCAGCCGCGUUUUUACAAAAUGAGAUUUCAAUUACACAGAGUAGACGGACGAGUGUAGCGCUGAUGUUGUACCUGUCCGUCUUCCCCCGCGGCUUCAUUAACUUCCUGUUUCUGAGCCACGUCUCUCAUCUCCUUGACCAUGUCUGUUUAAAUGAGCUGUCAAUCAGCCGUGCCCCCCCGCCGACAUUGUUGCGACGCAGGAUUAAAAUCACUUUGGGAGCUGUCGGUUUUACUUUAAUGCGAGCAUUAGCUGAGAACGCAGAAACGCACGCCUGACACCGAGCCAAGGAUUCAUCAGAAUACUAAUUCCACUUUUAAAAAGAUGUUCGUGUUUAGCCACACAAAUGUUUACAAGUCCUAAAGGAGAGCUCCCCCCAACCAAAACACUCCCAAGGUCUCUGCAACCCCUGGAACUUCUUCAAGGACCGUCGGUCUCUGCAGAGAUCUCAAGAGUCCACUUCAAGUUCUUCCUACAAACUAUUCAAGGACUCUUCAAGGCCCUCCCCCCUUAAAACUUCCUCAAAUCCCCUACUGCCUGUUCAAAGAGUUCCCUGAGACCGUGCAAUCUCUUUUGGACGUCUUACACCACCUGUUGAACGGCCAUGCUUCAAGGACUUUAAAACCCACCUCAAAAAACCCUCUCAAAACCUCUCAAAGAUCAGUAAUCGUAAGUGUCUUUGUGGACCAUUGGACGUCCUCAGUGACCCUGAGAAUGAGCUCUGGAUGUCACGUGACUCGGUCUGAAGGUUUGUCCGACUUCCUCUCAUCAAAACUGUUAUAAAAAAAACAAACAGGAAUUUCUUCUGGAUCCAGUGGAUCAAAGAUCAAAAUGUAAAUAUCUUUGGUGCUGCUUUGUGAUGGAAUUUGUUGUGUUGUGGUGUAGAGCAGCAGCCAGCAGAUGGCGCCAAAUCACCAUCAUCAUCAAACAGGAAACUGAUGCUUCCUCUCAUCAGACUCGACUUUAGUUUCCAGGCUCAGAUCCAUGUUUUAUUUAGGUCUUAAGCAGCAGCUGAGUCUCGUCUCUCCGCCGGUGUUUGCCGGUGUUUGCCGGUGUUUCGUCGGUGUUUCUCGGUGUCGUUCGGAUCCGCGGGGACCACAGUGGACAGGUUACGCCGCAGUGAUGUCAUCACUCCUCCUCUUGCUCCUCCCCCUCUUCAUCCUCACGCCCACCACAGCGCUGGAGUUUCGUUACCACAGAAACGGCGAGAUCGAGAAGUAUCUCCGCGACAUCAGCACCUCCAACCCCGACAUCGCACACGUGUACAGCAUCGGCCGCUCGGUCAGAGGUCAGCAGCUGUGGGUGUUAGUUCUCAGCCUCAGUCCUCGGCAUCACUCCAUCGGCAUCCCAGAGUUCAAAUAUGUGGCUAACAUGCAUGGAAAUGAGGUCCUCGGCCGCGUGCUGCUGCUUCAGCUCAUCGACGACCUGGUCAGAGGUCACCGCAACAAGGAGGCGUGGUCAGUGCAGCUGCUGAACAGCACACGCAUCCACAUCCUCCCAACCAUGAACCCGGACGGCUUCGAUGACGCGGGAACGCACUGUCAGUUCAGCCAGGGCAGGUUCAACCAUAACGGCGUUGACCUGAACAGGAACUUUCCCGACGCGUUCGCUGGAAAGCGACAGCAGGGUCAGUUUGUCGAGGAGACGCAGGAGGCAGAGGUCAGAGCUGUGAUUGGCUGGUUGAGGAGCGAGACGUUCGUCCUCUCUGCGAACCUUCACGGAGGAGCCCUGGUGGCCAGUUAUCCUUAUGAUAACAGCAAUGGAGGCAGCGAGCAGGUGGGCGGGGCCAGCGUCACACCUGACAAUGACGUGUUCGUUCACCUGGCCAAAGUUUACUCCUACAACCACGGCUCCAUGCACCGCGGUGACAGCUGCAAAGACGGAUUGUCAUUCAACGACGGAAUCACUAACGGAUACCAGUGGUACGCUCUGAAAGGAGGGAUGCAGGACUACAACUACGUGUGGGCUCAGUGUUUGGAGGUGACUCUGGAAGUUUCCUGCUGCAAGUUUCCUCCCAAGGAUCAACUUCCUGCUCUGUGGACGGAGAACAGGGAAGCUCUGCUGGCCUUCAUCAGGCAGGUGCACCUGGGGGUCAAAGGUCGUGUGUUUGAUAGUUUCGGAGUCCCGGUGCAAAACGCUGUUGUGGAGGUCAAAGGUCGCAGCAACAUUUGCCUGUUCAGGACCGACAAACACGGCGAAUAUUACCGACUGCUGCUGCCGGGAAACUACACCUUCACUGUCACAUAUCCCGGUCACCAGGUGUUGACGGAGACACUCGACGUCCCGCACGGUCCCGACCGUUACUCCGCCCUGAAACACGACUUCCUGCUGCGGCGCGCGGCGGAUAACUCCACCCACUAUACCCCCACCGAAUUUAGCCCCACCCCCACCUGUAACUACACGUUAAACGUGGAAGGGCGCUGCGGCGCAGUGGCCACGCCCACGUGGACAGGAGUGAGUGCAGCGCUCGGAUUGUGGGCGGCGCUGAGAUUUCUCUCUGACUGAAGACCCAGCGGACGCAGUUUGGUCUCUAAUGUUGGACAUUUUCAGGUUUAUAAAGAGACUUUUUUUUUUCGCUGCCAAAGACGCCGCAGUUACAUUGAAGCAGCAGUUAUCCUCGCAAAAAAGGGGGCGGAGCUGGAAGCAAAUGUCUUCUUUUCUUGAAGACGUUAUGCGGGAAAAGGUGUAAACAAAACAAAAUGAAGGCUGAAUUCCAUUUAGCUGCAUCAGUUUCAGGGUCCUGGUGUCGCUCACACCAGGAGAACUUUGCUUUCUUUUUCCCGCCUGUAGAUGGCGAUCUCUGGUCCACGGAUUCUUAAAGACACGUCAUUUUCAGUAUUUUUAUUUACGUUUCUGUUGAUUUUUUUUUAUUGUGAUUUUUGUUAAAAAAAAAUUCAAAUCGGGGAAAAAAAUACAAAUAAAGAAAAUGAACUAGGGAUGAAAGUUACCCACAAACAAGAUUUAAAAUAAUGACUCCACCUGGUGGCAGAAAUUGUGCAGCACAAACAUGGAAAAUAAAUACUGACUGAUUAUUGCAAAUUAAAAUAGAUACAAAAAAUAUAUAUAUAUAUUCAUCUAGGAUGUGCUGCACAUCUUCUACCACAAGGUGGUGCCUCUGGGCUAUUUUUUUUUAACUUUCUUAUGAGUUUAGUGUUUAUUGUUUUUCAUUAUAAUUUUUAUAUAAAAAAAAUGAAAAACAAAUACCUGAAAGGCACCACCUGGUGGCAGAAGAGGAGCAGUACACCCAAUAUAAAAAAAUAAGUUACUUCAAUAUUACAAAAAUGUAAAUAUAUGUCGGAUGUGCUGCACAGCUUCUGCCACCAGGUGGUGACGUUGAGUAAAAAAAUUCUAACAUAAUUUUGGAAAUUUGAUUUUUAUUAAUGAUUUCAUUUACACUUGAAGAUUGAAAAUAUUAAGUUUGACUCAAAGGUGCCACCUGGUGGCAGCAUGAAGUACUUCCAUGGCACGUUUGUUUGUUUGUUGAGUAGAUUUAAAAAUAAAUUACAAAUUGACAAAUGUUACUAAAAUACAUGAUUACUUGUGAGGUCAGAGGUCAACAACUUCAACUUGGCGAAUCAAUGGAUUAAAUGACUGGGAAUAUACAGUGUAUAUUCAUACAUAUACAGAUAUAUAUAUAUAUAUAUAUAUAUAUGCAGUAUUUAUAUACAUGCAGCGUGUACUUGUACUUCAGGUCAGAAACUCAGAGGCCUUCAGCAGAUUUGUGCCAAAUAUUUCUCUGUUUGUACUUUAAAUAAAGUGCCAUCAUCAUCUUAUCAUCAUCAUCAUCAUCCUCAGUGACUGCAGGACUCGGUCACUUCAUCUGUUUACGUCUGACAACAAUGUAAACAACAACAACAACAACAACAGCUGCUGCUGUAUGAAGGAAAACCUUUAUUAAAACGACAAAAUGAUGAUUAAA